AUUAUGACAAGCAAGUUUAUCCAGUGUUCUGUUGUGUUUAUUCAGUAAAUAAUCUUCGAUUUAGCUGCGUCUGGGUUGUUAUCUUGCGAAAUUUACAAGUAUCAUUAUCUACCCGUCUCAUUACCUACUCCGAGCUCAUAAUGAUACCAUUUAGAUUGUUAACAGCGGUUUUAAGACAGAGAAAGUAGUUUAAUUAUAUUCUAAAACUUGUUAUAGUGAACAAAAAAUUAUGCCAUAAGCGUUCAUUGACCUUUCGCAGUGAAAAAAUAAUAUCGCGAUAUUUUUUUAAGUAGGCUGUAUGUAUAUGUGAGACGUUGGUGUUUAAAAAAAAAUGAAGCUGAAAAUAGACAGAGGACUUUUGCCUGUAAAGGCGCACUUUUUUUUCUUUUUCGCGGCACUGGGCCCGAUACUCCCCCAAAUCAAUGUGUUCGGCCGACAGCUGGGGGUGUCUCCCGGCGUCAUGGGAAUGGUGACGGCAGUGCUACCCUUGCUGUGGGCGGCUGCUAAGCCUCUGUUCGGUUAUGUCGUGGAUUUUUGGCCGGCCCACAGAAAAUUAGUAUUUAUGCUGCUUAUAACCAUAAUGACUAGCUCAUACUGUUGUCUAUGGUUUCUUCCAAUGCCUGAGCCCAAAGAUACGAAACUACUCGAGUCAGUCUACAAACUAAACGAUACAAUAUACCUAAAAACUUACACAAACAAUACAGUACUAGAAAAAUAUAACUGCCACUGGAAUUGCAGCGUGGCGGGAAACUUUGACGUCUACCUGUCAAAUGUGACAUUUGUCAACACGGUAUACAUAGACAACGAUGUGUCAAAUAGAUCGUGCUCAACAUUGUCUAUGGAUUUUGAUCAUAUCCAAGAUGGCGAUGUGACUUGUAUACCAAAAGAAGAUUGUAAUUUAUUAUGUUAUGAGAACGAAUAUUUAAUACAGGGUAAUAUUUCUAAAAGAAGCGUAGAGAAAUUAAAUAAUGAUAGUACUGUAGCCGAUUUUGGCAAGAAUGACAAUCUGACAGGUACUGUCGAGAAGAAAAGUGAGAGUUUCUAUAUGACAGCGACGUUUUGGGCGUUCGUGUUACUGACUUGUGUUGGUACAGUCGCGUUCAAUGUCGCUAACUGUAUUGGAGAUGCUGUGUGCUUUGAUGUACUUGGUGACCGCGGCUCAAAAUACGGCGCCCAACGAGCAUGGGGCACGGCUGGCUACGGGCUGACGGCGCUACUGGGAGGCUGGCUGGUGGACAGCGUCUCCGGGGAGUGCAAGGACUUCACGCCCGCCUUCGCAGUGGCCGCGGCCGCCACCGCCGCAGACCUCUACAGCUGCACCGCGCUGCGACUGCCAUCGCUGUCGAGUCCGGAAGACUCUGGCAAGGCGUUGCGCGAUGUGCUCAGAAUACCUAAAGUGAUCGUGUUCAUCUCCUUUGCGGUGGUCGCCGGUACCUUCGAUAGCUUCAUCAUUUAUUAUAUGUUUUGGUUUUUAGAAGAGCUAGCAGAGAAAACAGGACACACGGCUAAUAUUAAAAUAAUAGAAGGCGUUGUCGUAGCCGCCGAGAGUUUCAUCGGAGAACUGCUGUUUUUCUUCUUCUCUGGUAAAAUAAUAAAACGUUUCGGCUACGGCACGACGCUCACGGUGUCACUAUUCUGCUACGGCGUUAGAAUGGUUUGCAUAUCGUUUAUACAGAACCCGUGGCAUCUUGUGUUUAUUGAGGGUAUAAUGCAAGGUCCUACAUACGCGCUAUGCUACGCUACUAUAGUAGGCUACGCGGCACAUGUGGCGCCGGAGGGAUACUCCGCCACCGUGCAGGGGAUCGUGGCAGGGAUGGAUGACGGACUAGGCUUCGCAAUAGGUUCGCUAGUGGGCGGGCAGUUGUACAGCUGGGCGGGAGGCCGCGGCGCCUUCCGUGUGUUGGGCGGCGUGGCGGUAUUAGCGUCUGCCAUACAUGCUGGCCUGUUUGUGUUGGUCAGCAGGGAGAAAGCAGCCGACAAGGAACUAUCAGAAGGCAUCCCAGAAGAGGGCGAGAAGAUGUUACAAGAGCACAGUAGCGCCAUCUAUCAUCACACGACGGUACCACUCAACGGCGACGACAAAGUUGACAGGUAACGGAUUGCGAUAAGAGAUGGCGCCACUUGUGUGUAGAAGAUAUGUACUACCCGUGCCAAUAAAGAAUGGGAUUAGAAAUCGCGACAGCUGUAUUUACCUCUCGCUCAUACACUAUAGCACAGGAGCGAGAGUUGAAUACAGCUGUCGCGAUUUCUAAUCCCAUUCUUUAUCGGCACGGGUUGUAGAUAAUAAUAUAUUAUUGAUUGAUUAUUUUGUAUGUAUAUUAAUGUAUGAAGGGUACUUUUUUCACUGUUUUAUCAUUUAAUAAUUCAGUUCUUGAUUUAUCAUGUAAAUGAUGGUAGAAAUUCAUGAAAUAUUUAUUUAGUAGAUUUGAUUUUGUUAGGGAAUAAUUGUGUUUCGCGGUUCCUAGUCAAAGUCGAAGUCAAAUGUUUUUAUUUCAAAUAGGCCUUUGAAGGCUCCUAUAAAACGUCACACUAGUUGCACGGUUCCAAAAAGUUGAUCUUAUGGAGAAGAGCCGGCAAGAAACUCCAUAGACACUCUUUUUAAAAAGUAACAUGUUCACAAUCAUUCUAUUACAUAAUAAUAGUAGUAGUACUGGAAGUACCUACCUUUUUUUCUUAUUAUUUUGUGAUUUUAUACAGCCCGUGACUAUAACAUCGAUAUAAUUUUGACAUUCGUGAUACAAAUGUAUCAGUUUUUUAAGAAGGAAAUGAAAACGAACAAACUAACUAUGGCAAAAAUAAACGAUUAUAUUCUAUUAUAUGAUUGUUCAAAUAAGUGAAAAUCCUAUACCUAAUUACGGUGCAGUUAGUAUCUAACUAAAUCUACCAAUAAAUAGUUUAUUAAUUGAUGGCCUAAUGUCCAAACUCGACCAAAAUGGAGCGGAGAACCAAUAGAUUGUCUCCGUUCAGGGAUACUAAUGCCGUCCAAGACCGAUUGUCGGUCACGGUCUCAUAAAUUAUAAGGAGAUCAGCCAGCUGAGCAGAACAUAUUAUAGAGCACGAACAUUAGCUUGGACUGCGGUGCACUCACUAUUCCUUCACUCUCAUAACGCGAUGCGACGACAAGCCCACACCACCGGAGAGAGAUCUCAAGUACCAACGACUGCAACGUGCGAGACGAUGCAUGUAUAAUACUGAGUGGGCGGAGUCGAGACGUUUCAAUAGCGACAUUCUAUUGGUUGCUUAAAAACUUCUCUUUUGGUUUCGCUUUGGUUGUGUCUUGGCUUUAAAUAUACAUCUCAUAAUACCUAUUUACUAUUUGUAUUUAGGUAAAUCUUAGGCCUUAGUUCACUGGCAAAAAAAUAAUAAAAAAAACGGACUUUUAUGUUGAAACUUGGCUUUGAAAAGAUUUGAAACAUUAUUUUGGGCGUAAAAAUAUUAUUUAUUUUAACGUAGGUAAUCUAUGUAUGUAUAUAAGUACCUAUAUCAAUAAAUGUGCCAUUUUGAGAAACAAUAAUUUCCAAAAUGAAGUUUGAAAAAAAAAAGAAAUUUUAUCAAUAUAAGACAGAAUGGUUGUUGUAGUUGUUUUAAGUAUAUUUUUUGUUAUAAUUUUCCAAUAUUUUAUUACCCUUUUUGACUGAGUUGAACAUUUGUAAAAUAAUCUUGUUUUUCGAAUUAUCAAAUAGAAAUGAAAUGACUGAAUGAUUUGCCAAUGCUUUUUUUUAUAAAUAAAUUAUUAAUAUUA